GAUUGUCGAAGCAUUCGUACAAAAAUUCUCGAGUAAUCACUGGAUUUUUUUUUCACUUUGUCCGGACAAUCGAAUUUUUGAUCGACCUGAAAUGCUGUAACACUUAAAUAUAUCAAAGUCCGAAAUUGUUUACAAUAAGAUGGUUCUAGCGGAGGUAAAACAGGUAUCCGGUGAGCAAAUACGGGAAUUGCGACAACGAUUUGCUGAAAAGUGUGAAAACGAUGGUGUUCCAGUCAAAGGCGGCUUUCAUCCCGCGGAUUUGGCGCGAAUCAACGACAACGACAUCUGGCUCACAAAAUUCCUUCAGGAAAAAGAUUUGAAUGUAAACGAGGCUCUCAAUAUGCUUUGGGAGACCUGCAUUUGGCGCAAAGAGUUUGGAACUAACGACAUCACCGCUGAUAACAUUCGUCAAGAUUACCGCGAUGCCGGCUUGUAUUUCCCUCAUACGAGUCGCGAUGUGGAUGGAAAAGUGCUUUUUAUGUUUCGUUGCAAGCUGUAUCAACGUGGCUCGAAGGAUCUGGAUGAGCUAAAACGGGUUCUCGUAUAUUGGAUUGAGAGAACGAUCCGAGAGCAGAAUGGAGAUCUUAUUACGCCCGUUUUUGAUAUGACAGAUUGUGGACUGUCCAAUAUUGACUUGCCGUAUACGCAGUACAUCAUUAAUGUCUUCAAGAAUUACUACCCGGAACAAAUUAAUUAUAUCAUUAUCUAUGAUAUGGCGUGGAUUUUAAAUGCCACCUUCCAAGUCAUCAAAAAACUCCUUCCUGCCAAAGCUGUCGAACGUCUCAAGUUCCUAAACGCAAAAAAUGUCAAAGAAUUCGUGGAAAAAGACAACGUUCCAGCUUUAUGGAAAGGCACCAACAAAUACGAGUACCACUGGACUCCCGAAAAGCUCCCAACAACGAAUGGAACUGCCGACAUUUCAAGCAACAACAACAAAAAGGUACACUUUGCUCCACAAUCACAUACAAUCGAGGAUAGCUCGCCAUCCGACGUAACAUCACACUCCCUUAAUAGCAGCUCGGCGAUGGAUAAGAGUCAAAAUGUCAAUAAUCAGGAUUCCCACUUGCUCCGUGUGACGCCAAGCGAAGCGAUUAUCUUCAAUAAAGUAGAAAAUGAGCUCUACGGACAAGUGCAACUUACAAAUAUCGACCCGCAUCCCGUUACCUACAAGAUUAAGACCACAGCACCGGAGAAAUUUCGCGUUCGUCCGUCGAGCGGCGUCCUCACCAAAGGCGGCACACAAACAAUUAACGUCUUUUUCAACCAAGGCCACACCUGGAAUCGCGACAAGUUUCUCGUGAUGUGCAUGAGUUUGGGCGCCGACGCGUCUACGGAUCAGCAGCAUGUCGCGGAAUUGUGGAAAAAUACGCCGUCGUCGUCGGCAUCGAUCGAGCAACAUCGUUUGCGAUGCCAGUUGCCGGAUGACACGAAAGAAGGUGUCAAGAGUGGGUCAGUUUUCGAUUCCUUCGAUAGUAGUUCGAAUCGGACACAAACGCAGAUGAAUCACACCUUGACCUGCAUCACGGAGACGUUGCAUCGGUUGGAGGGACAAACACGUUGGACACAAACCAUGCAGUGGGUCAGUUGUUUGCUCUUUAUCGUACUGUCGGUUGCGAUAAUUUACAUCCUGAAGAUUGAGAUUAACAAUAACAGUUACGAGUAUUGCCUGAAGCACUAGAGUUUGGAAGGGAAAAUUGACGAAAUUCCGUAAAUAGGUGGAUUUGGCACUCCUUCUGUCGGUUCAUUGAAUGAGUCGACUUACAAUAAAAACUAGUGACUGAAUUAUGUGAUUCGAAAAAUUGAAUAAAAAAAAUAUAAUUUCUU